GCAGCGCCAGGGUGUGAUUUGAUUAUUAUCUGUUAUUUGCUGGCAAUUUAUUUAAAUUGAUGACAUAAUGUAAAUUAACCCAUACACCUUAUAAAACACAAUUAAAAUUUUAUGAAAAUUAAUUAACGUAUGAAAAUUACAAGACAACAUAGAUUUUGUGUUAUAACAUUAACAGAAAAUAAAAAUGUCUGAAGAAAUUAAUAAGGUAGAAGACCCAAACAAGGCGGUCGUUCCAGUAAAACGAACAUCGUCAUCAUCGAUUAUGUCAACUGGUUGGAGUGCUUUCAAAAAGAUUGCAACCGUUGGAGCCGUAUACUUAAUUGGAUAUAUGAACUGGUCAGUAGCUUGGCUAAUUGGGCCAGUUGUAUUAUCUGUAAUUCGCGAUCAAUGGAAAAAAGAGAAAGAAAUUAAAAGAAAUAUUGCAAAAGCUUCAGCUCUUAGUAAUGAAAAAGAUGUAAUUCUUGCAAGAAUUGAUGAAUUACCAGCGUGGGUGUUUUUUCCCGAUGUAGAUCGUGCUGAAUGGUUGAACCGAAUUAUAAAACAAUUAUGGCCAAAUGUAAAUCAAUACGCAAGAAAUUUAAUAAAAGAUGUUAUUGAACCAAAAGUGAAUGAAGCACUAGUUGCUUAUAAAAUGUAUGGAUUCCGGUUCGAACGAUUGAUACUUGGAACUAUUCCUCCAAGAAUUGGUGGAGUCAAAGUAUACGAAAAGAACACUUCACGGAAUGAAAUAAUUAUGGAUGUUGAUUUAUUCUAUGCAGGUGAUUGCGAUAUCUCAUUUUAUUUACAAGGCGUCAAAGGCGGAAUUAAAGAUUUUCAGAUACAUGGUAUGCUACGCGUAGUAAUGACUCCAUUAAUCACACAAGUUCCAUUAGUUGGUGGUGUACAAUUAUUCUUUUUAAAUAAUCCAACAAUUGAUUUCGAUUUAGUUGGUAUUGCUGAUGUAUUAGAUAUGCCUGGUCUAGGUGACAUGCUACGACGUAUUAUUGUUGAACAAGUUGCAGCGAUGAUGGUGCUACCAAAUAAAUUACCAAUUGUUUUAAGCGAUAGUGUUGAUUUAAUUUCGUUAAAAAUGCCAGAACCUGAGGGUGUACUAAGAAUUCAUGUUGUUGAAGCAAAACAUUUAAUGAAAAAGGAUAUUGGAAUGCUUGGUAAGGGUAAGUCAGAUCCGUACGCUGUUGUAAAUAUUGGUUCACAAGUCUUCCGUACUAAAGCAAUUGAUAAUACGGUGAAUCCAAAAUGGGAUCAUUGGUUUGAGGCAUUAAUUUCUUCACAAAAAGGGCAAAUUGUUGAAUUUGAACUUUUUGAUUGGGAUGCUGCGGUUUUGGGUGUAAACCAAGAUGAUUUCCUUGGCAGAGCUACGAUAGAAGUAGGACCCGUCGUUGAAAAAGGAGAGUUGGAUACGUGGUUAACUUUGGAACAAGCGAAACAUGGCAUGGUUCACAUUCGUUUAACCUGGUUGUCUUUGUCAAAUAAUACUGAAUGUUUGAAAAAGACUAUAAAAGAAACACAAGAAUUACGAAUAACUGAUUUAAGUACAGCAUUAUUAGCAAUUUAUAUAGAUUCAGCUAAAAAUUUACCACAAGCUCGUGGGAAAAGCAAACCAGAUACAUAUGCAGUAUUAUCAGUUGGAAAAAAUACCCAGCAAACUGAUGUUGUAAUGCGGGAAGAUUGUCCUGUAUGGGAACGUGGUUUUACAUUUUUAGUUCCAAACCCAGAAACUGACACACUUACAUUGAAGAUUAUGGAUCAAAAAACUGGAUCGUGUGUUGGUGAAAUGGAAUAUAAUCUUUCAACUUUAUUGUCAAAAGAAAAUUUAGAGAUUGUUAAACAACCACUUACUCUACAUAGCUCAGGUCCUGAUAGUAAAAUUGUAAUAGCCAUGAAAUUACACCUUUUAAAAUACCCAGAAAUUAAAUUGGACAGUGGUGGGGAUCUUGCUGAUCCAACAAGUAAAUUAAUACGAAGUGAUUCAACCGUUUCAGCUAGUUCUGUUGUAACUUUACCGCCUUCUACACCAAAUCGUAAAUUUGAAAAUAUACGCAAACAAGAUUCUAUACGUAGUGCUCCAUCAACUAUGACAUUACCAGAAGAAUCAUCAUCAGACAAUCAAAACAGUACCGAAGAGUUAAUUAUUCAAGAGAAGACAUCGAAUUUUGAAGCCAAUCCGUCCGACAAUUCAUUACGCCGUCGUCAAACAACCAUCGAUGAUGCUGGAGAAGAAGGUUUAGGGCGUAUUCAAUUAACAAUUCGCUAUAGUGUUCAACGUCAAAAGUUAAUUGUCAUUGUUCAUAAAAUUAAGAAUUUACCACAAAAAGAUCCAAGUAAUAUACCAGAUCCGUAUGUUAAAAUAUACUUGUUACCAGAGCGAGCCAAAGAGAGUAAACGAAAAACAAAUGUGAUAAAAGAUAAUUGUGAUCCUGUAUUUGAUGAAUCAUUUGAAUACACGCUAUCACCUGGUGAAUUAAAAACAAAACAACUUGAAAUUACUGUUGUAACACAAAAGAGUAUAUUUUCUUCUGGAAAUAAUAUAAUGGGUCAAGUAAUUAUCGAUUUAGGAAAAUCAGAUUUUACUCAAGCACUAACUGAUUGGUUUGAUUUGUAUGCGGAAUAUAGCAGUAUACGUGAUUAAAUUAAUAAUACCAAAAAAGAAGAUUUCGGAAUCUCAUUUUUAAAAAUAAUAAAAUUUUGAUCAAUUUAUUUACACUUUUUUUACGUUUUUAUGUUUUAUUAAAUAAAAUACGACAAUGUUAUGACAAUUGUUGAGCUAUUGCAUGUCUCAAAAACAAGUCAACUGUAAUAUUAUUUUAAAUUGACUCAUGUUUUUUUUCUUUCUUUUUUACUGUUACAAUCGAAAUUCAAGUCAAUGGUAAAUUUUAUUAAAUAUCUCACGUGUGAUUACUUUACAAUAAUUUUUUGUAAUGCCUGGGACAUUCAAAGUCGAAUUAAUAAGGAGAAUAGACUGUUAAGCUAUAUUUUCUUUGCGCAACGUUUCUCCAUUUUUCGAGUCAAUCAGUGAGUCAAUUAAUAGUUUUAUUAAACACGAUUUUAUUAAACAAUUACCUUUAUUGGCUAAAUCGGUGUAAUUGUUGCUUGUGAUUUCUUAACGCUUUUAUAUACGAAUUAAUGCCACUAAUUACAGGAAUG